UUUGCCUGGACAUCUGCCUGUCUGUCUGGACUGAAUCCAUCCUUUGGAUCUCCUGCUGGCACCUUCCCUAGAUGUUGUAGAUGCUGGCUAAAAGGCGACAUGAUCGACUACGAGCGUCCUUAUCCAUUAGGCUUCGGACCGGUUGGGAGGAGUGUGCUGGUUUCUGAGCUACCAGGGCACACAAACACACAUGCGCUGACAGCCAUGCCUCAGAGAUAUUCCCACCAGAGGAGGAAAGCCAGCACAGAGGCUGCUAAGAGGAUGGAGAGGAGACACAGGGACCAGGGGAAAAGCAACAACAACUCAACCAGUAGCCACAACCACCGUUCCAAGAAGCUGGCCAUGCUCUCCAGGUCCCUGAUCCUGUGUCACUCUAAGACAAAUGAUGACUAUUCAGAAGAGAGGAAUGGAGGGGAAGGAUCAGAAGGGUGCAGGACAUGGGGUCCAGGCUGGAAGACAAAUUUGGCUGCUGGACAUCCAGAACAGUACAGGGAUACAGAGAACAGACACUGGAGGACAACUCAACAGUCAGCCUUGGAUAAAAGAGGAAGUAUUGUGGCAGAUAAUGAGGUGCAUCAUAACUCCAUGCUCAGGGAGAAUAAAAGGAGCAUAAGGAGGUCCUUCAGCAUCAAGGAGAGUAGUAUCUGGAGGAUGUGUGUAACCACAGGGCCCACUGAGGAGGUGUGUGGUCCACAAAUGGCUGAUAACAGCGUCCAGACAGAGGACAAAGACACUAAUGUAGAGCCAGGAAGAAAUGGAGGGAACCUACACAGGGGCUGCAACUUCCUGGGCCCAGACAAGCUGGCACCUUUUAACGGACAGUUUCUAAAUGGCAGUGGUUGGAUGGCGGGGGAGGGAAUGAGGAGCUCUCACAUUAAAGCCUAUAGUGAGGACAUUCCCACGUGUGAAGACACUCUUCAUUCGCAUAGUUUGACUUCAAGCCCUCAGCAUCCCGCUCUCAGUUCCCCAUCUGAUGCUCUGUCACUGGUGGGGCACACAGACGAAGAACUGAUGGCCAACAACAACCACCUAAAGUUACCUAUCCCAGAGGUAAACGAAGAGAUUUGCUGGGAAACAGAGAAGACUGGGCAGAGUCCACCAGGACAGGUGUCCAACAACAGGACACGCUCCAGUUCAACCAGUGUUCAUCCUUACUGGAUUGGGGAUCUGGACAGCAUCAUUAUGAGGACCCCAGAGUUUUAUACAAGUCAUGGGAAUGGUGGUUUAUAUGGAAACAGAAAGUCUCUGUCCCAGCAGCUGGAGUUUCCUCACAACACGACCCAGCCUGUGCACCGUCCCUCCCGUUCUCUAAGCUCUGCUCAUCUUGUACACUCCUGCAGCAAUGUGCAAGCUUUCAUAAUCUGCAAUAUAGUGUUGAUGAAGGGCCAUGGCAAGGGUUUGGGCUUCAGUAUAGUGGGAGGGAGGGACAGCAUGUAUGGACCAAUGGGGAUCUACGUCAAGACCAUUUUCCCUGGAGGGGCAGCAGCUGCUGAUGGACGGCUGCAGGAGGGUGAUGAGAUCCUGGAGCUGAAUGGAGAGUCACUCCACGGUCUGACUCAUGAUGAAGCCCUGCACAAGUUCAAACAGGUCAAAAAGGGCCUGCUGACUCUGGUGGUGAGGACCAGCCUGCGGGUGGGGGCUCUGUGUGGUCAGGCACAGGUAGCUCAGCUAUGCAGGUCUCGCUCCCUCAGCUCCACCACAGGCAUGGCCAGGAUCAGUGCCGACAUGGGAGACUACAACUACCUGAACAACAACUGCAGCAACACACUGGGCAUCCCGGGCCAGCCUGCCAAACCCAGAGACCGCAUCAUGAUAGAGAUUAUCCUGCAGAAAGAGGCUGGUGUUGGUCUGGGCAUUGGACUGUGCUGUGUUCCAUCUGGUGAUGGAUGCCCUGGGAUCUACAUCCACACCCUUUCUCCUGGAUCUGUAGCACACAUGGACGGUAGACUACGGUGUGGAGAUGAGAUCAUGGAGAUCAACGACACUGUGGUUUACAACAUGGCGCUCAAUGACGUCUACACAGUCCUGAGCCAGAGCAUGCCAGGUCCUGUCCACAUCAUCAUCAGUCGACACCCCGACCCCAAAGUAUCAGAGCAGCAGCUGAAUGAGGCUAUCGCUCAGGCAGUGGAAAACAGCAAACUGAGAAAGGACAAGAGCCAGUGGAGUAUUGAUGGCCUGCGUAGACUUGAGUCUUGCUCUCACAGUCGGCACAGGUGUGAUAACUGCCUGGAGAGGAGUUUCAGUCAGCUGACAGUUCGACGAGCACAGAAGACCAUGACUCGCUCCUGCAGCGACAACACCAACAGCCACCACCACAACCGCUGCCUCGCCAUCCAUAACCUCCACAACGCACGCCAUAACCCGUCAGCCCGUGUCCACAGCCUGGACACACCCAAGUCUAUGACGGAGACAUGGUCUGACAACAGACUGUCAGUGCCAGUGUAUCCUGAUGAAGACUAUAACAUUCCGUACAAUUCCAGUCUGUCCAGUCACCAGGCCCUGGAUCUGGCCUCAAGGGGUAGCAAGUCCAGCUGCAGGGUGAGAGGUGCUCCACGUCGGUACUGCUGGCCUCAGGAUGUGACCAGUGAGGAGGGUUAUAAUGGAGACUCUAGUGGCUCCAGUAGAGGCUCCCCAGUCAGAGAAGACGGAAUAGAGCCAUCAUCACACACCAGCUGCCAGCAGGGAGGAGAACGAUUAAGAGAACAGUCAAAAGGAAGCAAAGAAGAUUUCACUCAUCCAAACAGCUCAACCUGCACCAACGACAGACCACACACAGGUGAUCCAUCAGCUGCGCUCUGCUCUCAGCCAAAAAGAGGAGCUCUGAGGAGACAGGCCUGUAUUGACCAACAUACUCAAAGCCAGCUUCAGGAUCCCUGGGUUCGUCUUUCACACAGCUCCCCAGAAGAGCUGCUUGAGAUCCACCACCACCAUCACCACAGCCACCUUGUGGACAGAGCAGAGCCUUUGAACAACCACAGCAAGCCUGCUAAGAUGAGUGACGAAGACAACACCCCUGAGCUUAAUGGCACAGCCACAGAUUCCAAUGAUCCUCCAUCUGAUGUGACUUCCGAAAACACGUCUGAAACUCCUUCAGGAGCAAAGAAGGGACCCCCAGUAGCACCCAAGCCUACCUGGUUUCGCCAGAGUCUGAGGAAAAUUCGGGAUGAGCAGGACCAGAAGAAACAAGAUAAACCAGCUGAGCAGAAGCCUACUGUGGGCUUCAGCAGAAACUUCGGAGUCAGGUCUGCCUCAUCCGCAGCCAACCUGUCAAUCAAACAAAAGAUCCACUCAUUUGAGACUUUUUCCAGUUCAGAGAGUCCAGAGAAAGGGGGCAACAGGAGGCCUGUGGCCCCUACCACCUCCCUUCCUUUGAUGGAACAGAAAUCCAGGAGUCCUGCCUCACACGGAGAUUAUGAGAAGGGAAAAUAUGAAAUCCCCAACGAGAUCCCGCCAAAUCAGCCAGCACCUGCUAGGGAGAAAGACAGCACAACUGUCACUGCUGCAACCUCUGCUAUCACUUCUGAAGCAUGUAGUCAAUCAACAGACAAGUCCUCUGAAGAUGAACCUCCUCCCAUCCAGGACUCCACAGAUCUCCCACUUUCUGACCCCAUCAGCACUGAUCUGAACUCAGGGUUACUUGAUUCUCAUUCAUCUCCAGUCCAUGAUGACAGCAAUGCCUUAUCCAAACAACAGCCCAAGCUAGAAAGAGAGGAUUUUAGCAGGUCCACAGAGUCCGAGGUUCUGCCUCCUGUGACAUCUAUGAAAUCCAGUCAAGCUGAGGGGAAAAGUCAUCCAGGGGAAGGGGAUGAAGGCCGCAGUCAAGAGAGGCUGGUGAACACAACUCUGAGUGCAGGUGCUCCGACAGACGGUCCCCCCCAAGGAGGUCUGGAGAAAGAGGGCUUAGGGAAAAUCAUCGCCUUCAGUAACCAGGUUUCACAAGCAUUGAUGCGUUCUCUGCCCACUUACCCCUCCCAUUGUAGCCCUCGCUCCCCAAACCUGCAGGACCCCACUGCGGUGGAUUUCACGAAUGCACACGAGUCUGAUUCGGCUCAGAUCGAGGGAUUCUCUGUCAGCUUGGCCACACUGAGAGAGUGUACGAUUGAGCGAGGGGAGGGGGGAUCUCACAAUGAGGCAGCAGUCACCUCUGCUUCUGUUCACUCUGUCAUCUCAGCCAUCCCUUCACAGGACAUACAGAGGAUGAUAGGGGAAGUGAAAGCGCUGGACGAAGAGAUGCUGAAGCAACUAGAUGACAUCCAUGUUGUAAUUCUGCAUAAAGAGGAAGGAGCCGGGCUCGGCUUCAGCAUCGCUGGAGGGUCUGACCUGGAGAGCAAAGCUGUUACAGUCCACAGAGUGUUUCCCAGUGGUCUGGCGGCUCAGGAAGGCACCAUUAAGAAAGGAGAUGAGGUGUUGUCCAUAAACGGACAAACCCUGCGCGGCAUCACGCACGCUGAUGCCACCACUGCUCUGCGUCAGGCCCGUGGUCUGAAGUUAGCGGUGGUGGUGGUUGCCAAGAGAGGAGAGGAGGACGAAAAUGAGGAAGGAGGCUGCAGGAGUGAAGAACCCAACCCUGCAGUGGAGGAGCAGGGGGCUCCGGUGACUGUGGAGCUGGAGAAAGGAGCUGGAGGAGUUGGGUUCACUCUGGAGGGAGGAAAGGGUUCAAUCCAUGGAGACAAACCUUUAGUCAUCAACAGAAUCUUUACAGGUGGAGCAGCAGAGCAAAGUGGUCUGCAACUUGGAGAUACAUUGCUGCAGGUCCAGGGAGUCAGUCUGCAGGACAUGACUCGCUUUGAGGCCUGGAACAUGAUCAAGGCUUUACCUGAAGGACCCAUCACAGUGGUCAUCCGGAGGAGGCAGGAGGCAGGGGAAUAGAAUCACAGACGUAGCUGCUGGGAACUGCUCACAAAUGAAGAGGCCAAACCAAGACAAAAAAAACUGAUGUUGGUUGGCAUUUUAAGAACUUCAGUCUCAGAAAUUUGGCAAUCAACCAGUCAGUGUGGCCUUAAACGCGUUGGUUCAGAGAUCAACUUCUCAGAGAAUUUCUAUGUUUCUAUCUUAUUUUUGACCAGACAGGAAAAUUUUUGAAAGGGUCGCUUCACCCAAAUCCCCUCCAAAAACCCACACUGAAAACUAGGCAUGCAGAUGGUUUUGCAUCCUACUGUGAAUCAGUACAAAAUACUCCAAAUGUUAGUAUCAUGGAGGUUGGUGGAUUGUCCACCAUACUGCCCGGCCAGUGUCAUGGUGAGAAAGAAAAAAGAGACAGAAUAAUACCUAAGCUGUUAACCGGCUGUUAUCACCCUGGAUACUGUAGAGAGGUGAAUUUCUCUGGUAUUUAACAGAAAGAGACAUAAUUUUUUGAUCCCGUUUAAAUUGUGCCAUGAAUAACACAUAUGAUGUUUGUCAAUUUCACGAUAAUUAAAGAUAACUUAAAAGAUAACUAAAAAUAUUUAGGUACUAUUUGGUUUAAUAUGAUAAUAUACAAUGAACUACAUCUCUCUUCUUGGACAGUGCACGUCACCAAGUAAUUUUGCAACUCAAGUAAGUCACAGUUUGUAUGAAAACUGUUUUAAGUAUUAGAAUGUAAAAAUGUAUAAUUAGAAAACUACACACCCAACAGUCGCAUAGAUGACGUCUUGUUUAAUACUUACAGAAACUUAUGACUGAGGUCUUGAGGAGCCAGUCGCACAUAGAUAAAACUAAAGCCAAAGCUUUGUGAUCAAUUUGACCUCUUCUAAUAGUUUUUUCUAUACCAAUGUGACAGCCAUUUUGCUGUUGGUGAUGUAUACUGUGACAGAUGUAGCUCACUGAGACGUGUUACACAAAACUAAGUAGUACUUUACUGUUUUUACAUUCUUGAGCUGCAAAAUUAUCUUUAAUUAUCUUCCCAACUGACUUUGUGUAAUUGGACCUGUUUGGAUUGCACAAUUCAAUCAAGAUCAAAAAAUGAAGGUGCCAGUGAGGGAUACUUGAAGGGGAGGGACUUUGCCUCUCUAUUCAGUAACUAAUAAGAGCACAACAAUCUAUAACUUACUCAGUUCUUACUGCUAUAAAAACCUGACAUGAGGUGUUAGAUUGUCAGGCCAUUGACAAUGGAUGCAAUUUAGUUUUGUUUCAGUUUCAGAUGGGGAUAUGUAGAUACUCUUCUUUCCAUUAAUGGCUGUGUUAUCCAGGACACUCUUUUAAUACUAAAUUUGAAUGUUAAUAUGUUUAACGGCAAGUGCUAUUCUAGUUCUUUGUCACAAAUUAAGUAAUUACAGAACAUAAAACAGGAAAUUGCAAGAUGCAUGAACAGGUCCAAGCCAGUUUGUUUGUUUGUUUUUUUUUCCUCCAUGAAACCUGCCACAGUUUAAGGAACAGGUUAAAGCUUUCUGGCCUCAUUGGAAAGCUGUUCUUCACACAUGUUCAUGAUCCUUACAAUGGUUAGGGUUGAAUGAGGGUAACAAGUAUCUAGUACAGAUAAUGUACUUUUUAUGAAUACGAUUAUCAUCUGAGCAAAACGUGUCUUAAUGCUGAGACUGUUCUGUAAAUAGUUUUUAAUAAAUAAUCAAUAUAGCAACUUA